UGUCAGAUAAAGAUUCUUCCGACGUCCGCCCCUUCCUACACCGCCAGGGUGUAGGCACACUGCCUCAGCGCAUAAAAGACGGGAGACUGUUGGAUGCUUCAGAACGCCACGAAGGACCAGGACAAGACAGAAAAGACCCUGACAGCUUGAACAUGAGCAACCUUCCCAUCAUGUACCUUCUCCUGCUUCUUCUUGGAUUCCAAGCCCCUCAGGCACAGGGGCGGCCCUUUCUGACAUACCAGCUGAACCAAUACUUGGCAAAGAUUGAUGAAAUUAUGCAGAUCUUAAACAAGUUACCCUUGCCUUCACAGGACUCCUUGGACCCAAAUGAGACAGAGAUCCUGAGGGAAAACACCCUUCUGAGGCCAAACCUGGAUGCAUUCUUAAAAGCUGCAGAAAAUUUCCACGAAGAUGGACUGCUAAUCUGGAAAAAUCUUAAGGAAUUCCUGCCACUCCUGCCCACUCCCACACCCAGGGGAAACCCAAUCCAUAUCGAGGAGGAUAACUGGGUUGAUUUCCAAAGGAAACUGACUACAUAUCUGGAAAUCCUUGAUAACUUUCUGAAUUUCAAGGAGAAACACUGA